AUGGCAGCUUUAAAUAAUCAACUUUUUAAAGAAUGCAUAAAUUUAGGUAAACAAAAAGAAGAUGAAGUUACAUGGUCAAAAUUAGACAAAAUUUUUAUUAAAUUAAGAGAAGAACUAUGUGAAUAUGAUGAAUGUAAAUUGUUUGUGGAUAAUUCAUUAGAUUUACUUUUAAGAUCAAUUUUAUCUGAAAGGUCUAAAUUGUCUGGAACAUCACUUAAUCUUUUAAAAAAACUUUUUGAAAUUUUAAAGCAUGAAAUGACAAAUAUAACAAAUAUUUUAUCUGUACUUUUAAAGUUAAGUGGAAGAACUAAUAAAGUUGUAUAUACCAGAGCACAUGAUACACUGGUAUACAUAUGUCAAUAUAUAGAUUUAAUACAAUAUCAAAAGAUAUUAAUUGAACAUUAUAAUUCUACUAAUAAAAAUAUUAGACUUGGUACUAUAAAAAUGAUAUUGGAGAGUAAUAGUAUUUCAGAAAAAUUGAGUAAUUUAAUCGAAAAAGCCAAGACUGAUCCAAGUGUUGAAAUAAGAUCUAUAUGUAAAAAUAAUAAAAAAACAGUACAAAAUAAAGAAUCGGGUCAAUCUGAUAAAAAAGAAGUUUCUGUUCAAAAAACAGAAAAUUUGUAUUUUAAUCACGAGCCAAAACAUUCGCCAUAUAAAAAAAUACCAAAGUUGGAGCCAAUUAAAGAAAUAAAUCCAUGUAAUAAAAUUAGAGAAUUGGAAAAACAAGUAAGACUAAUUACUAAUUUAAAGAAAAUGGAGAAAAAAAGUAAAUCAAUUGAAUUUAGGCCAAAAAUAAAUUUUAUAACGAAGAAGGAGCCACAAGAUGAUUUAACGCCAAAGAAGUUAGAUAAAUAUUUGAGUAAAUAUCGAACUAUUUAUGGAAGUGUUUUAGAAGAAAAAGCAGUUAUUGAUGUAGAAGAGAAUGCAAAAAUAGAUUUAAGUGAUCUGAAUAAAGAUGUUGAAAACUUAUCAUUAGUUGAAGAAAGCUGUGUCGAAGCAUUAAAUCAUGAUUACACGAUUAUUAAUUCAGAAAAAACAUUACUACCAGAAGAGAAUGUUAAUUAUGUUAUUAACGACAGUAAAAUUGAUCAAAUGAAAGAAGGCGAUAAAAUAAAUACAAAAGUCAAUUUAGAGAAUAACGACAUUAUUUCUUCAGUAGAAAGUAAAAAAUGCGAGAUCUUAGAAAGUAAUUCUGAAAUAAAUAAAAUACAAUGUAAUGAUACAAUCCAACAAAAAUUGACUGAUAAAUAUAAUGAUUGCCAAGAAAAGCAAAAAGAAAUUGAAAGCAAACAAAAUAUGCUAACUGAUUUUGACAUGAGUAACAAAAUUGAAGUAGAUUUGAUGUUCGAUUCAAAAAAUAAAUUUGAGGUCUUGCAAGAAGGACUUUUAAAAAAUACCGACGUGCUAAGUAUAGAAGAAAAUUUUUCGAUUACCAAAAAUGAGAUGCCUGAAGGAGAACAACAAAUUUCAGAAAAAAUGAACGUGCUUUUAGACGAUACCAAUAAAGCUUCUGUGUCUAAAGACAUUCCUUUAAUAAAUACUUCUACUCAAGAACAGAAUUCAGAAUGUAGUUCUAAACAGCUCUUAGAUACCAAUAACAUUUAUAAAAAACAAGAUCAUAAUUUACGAGGAUUAGAACACAACAGGUUUUCUUCACUUUUAUUUGCAGAUAAAGAAGAAUGCGUAAUUUAUGAUAUAAAUGCUGAAAGUCCACUUUUUAAAAGUUCUAAAACUUGUAUUCCUCCUGAUUGUCCUAAUGUUUCAGAAAAUUUGACUUCAAAUUCACCAAAAACAGUAGUCAAUACUUCUGUCAGUUCUUCUUUUUUGUAUGCAAAUGAUUCUGUAGAUGUAAAUAAUACCGUUGAUUAUACAAAGGUUGACUCAGUUAUAUAUAUUGAUAAAAAUUCAUUUGUGCCUAAAAAAGAAUAA